CCACAAUGUGUCCUUGUCGUCGUGAAAGCGUAUACGACGCUCUUCCACCGAAUAUGUCUCAUAUUGUAUAGUAAUUUACAAAGAUUCAAUAAUGUAUAACAAUUAAUACAAAACAUUAUUGUACACAUUGCUCAAAUGUACAUGUAAUUAUUACCAGAUAAGUGUGUUAAAUACUCGUAUACAGCAGAAACAGAUUGAUAUCAUUUUUUAGCAGUAAAUUUAGUGGUGAUUUUCAGAGAAAACGAUUUAGAAUAAAUAGAAAACGUGGUCAGGGCGGCCAUUGCCAUUCUUGUUGACACUUUUAACUAUACGCGAAAAAAAUACAAAUUUGCAGACGAUUUCAUUUAAAAAGAUUCCUCGAAAAUAGAAUUAAAACUAAAUGGAUGAGAUUAAUUUUUUUCAGUUAAUUCCGGACGUUACUAUAAUAGAUCCGUUGAGUAUAAAAUCGGAAGUAAAGGAUGAAAAUGAUUCGUUUGAAUCAAAUGAAUUGAACUUAUGCGACAUUGUAAGCGAAACAAAUUUCAAUGAAGGGACAUCGAAUAAAAAUGGAAUAAGAAUCAUCGAUGCUUCUAAUUUACAGAUUAUUACACAAGCUACUUCAACUCCUCCUGCAAAACCUAAGCAAUCUAACAAAAGGCCUUCGGGGCAAUCGACAUUCUUUGUCAGGUGUCCAACUACCGAGUCCAGUACAAUUAGAGAAUCGGAAUUGGAAAUAGCCCUAAAAAAAAGUGGCGAUGGGAAAAUAGUUAAAAGAUCCUACAUAACAAAUGGGGGAUUUCUACCCGACACUGUUCGAUCAAUUCUCGUCCAUCUUAUCAUUAAAUACGAAAUGGACAAAGCUUUGGCAACUUUAUCCGACGAUGGCUGUGAUAAAUUAACUGAAUUCGUAAUAACUUCAUCUCAAAUGUCAGCAUACGCGAAUGAUAUCGUCCGAAUAUUUCCGAGUGAAAAGGCCGAAACGUAUUUUGGCGGUUUUAGAACUGUAAAUGGAGUGAGAAUUUUGGCGAAUGGAAAAUUAUGGGAUCAUUAUAAUUAUAUGAAAUCAGUUUUAAGAGAACAGGGUUUACUUGAAGGGCGAAAAUUGAAAAGAAAAAAAGUCGAAAUUACGUACGAAAUAGAUGAAAAAACACAGAAUAAAUUAAACUGGUUGAAGAACAAUUCGGAACCAUGGUCGGAAGUUUUUCUACAAUGGACUGAAACUUUCUCAGCAAGAACAAAAGGUCAUUCAGAGCUCGAAACAAGACAACUAUCUGAAUAUUUUCAAAAAUACCCUUGUCUUCGAGAUAAUCAAGCAAUUGUUUUGAUUCAAAAUGAUUACGAAAAAUUGUACAAGAAAAAACUUUUCAACAUUGGAGAUACAUGGAGUAAAAUAAAGGGGCAUUUGAUUUUAAAAUUGCAACAAUGCAAGGGAAUCAAGACUCUGGAUGACAAAGCAUAUGUUCAUUUGUUACCAUCCUUAACUUCGGAACAACAGGAUGGUGUGAUUCUUUUCUUGCUUCCCUUUUUGGUGCCAAAUGGGCGCAAAAAGAGACGAAAUGACGAUGAAGAAUCAAGGAAAAUGUCCCCGACCGAAAGAAGAGACACUUUCAUCAUUUACGUUGCACAUGAAGAUGAAGUAGACGUGAGAUUAGAACAAAAGCGAAUGGAACUAAGAAAUUGUGGUCGAAUUUUACAUCCAACAUUAGUUGGUGUUGGGACAAAAAUGGGAGUAACUAAAUCUUUUGUGGCAGUUGAUGAUGUUAAAUACGAGGUAUCAUCGCUAUUAAGCGCUAUUGAUUUGGCUUUCAAAAUUUACUAUACAGCUCACUGUGAUUUUCCCGAGAGCUGUCACAGUAUUUGGCUUUUUAUCCAAAAAGCAAUAUUCGAUAUUCAUUAUCCAACCGACAGAGCCAAUCCUGCAUUACACGCCUUAGCUGGCGAAAUAAGAAGAAUCGCCGACUCACAAACGAAUUAAAAUUAACAAUUUUUCGUUAAAAACAACGCCUUUCGAAAUGACAAAGUCAAGAUAUUUAAAUAUUUUCUAAACUCGAGCAAAAAUUUCACUUGACGCAAACAAAAACUUGAAAAUAUUUAUUUUCUUUUCUAUGAAUAAUUUUACUUAUUUAAAAUUUUCAGUUUUCUAAUUAAUCAGUAUUCACUUCAAGUAAAUAAUUUAUCAAUUACUGUAUAAUUAGUAAACAACUUUUAAUUUUCAAUAAGUAAAAUUUCACUUAAGUUCUGUCAAUUAAUUUCUGUCAAUUUUUUCACUUAAGUUUUUGUCUAUUUUUUUGUUAAGCAAUUGAUAAUACUUCUCGAAAUUAUCAAAUUUUCUUUUUUGUUUGCAAAUAUUACUUUUUGGAAAUUAUUACUUUAAUUUGAGCAAUUAAAAUUAUCAGUAGUAAAAAAUACUUUCAAAUUCAGUUUUCUUUAGUCAAAAUAAUAUUCGAUAAGACGAAUUCAGAAAGUAUUUAAUCACCUUCACGAAAAUAUACAUUACUACGAAAAAUAUUCACACUCUGUUUUCGAAUUAAACAGUAUUAUAGUUUUGUAUAAAUAGAUUAAUAAAAAAUACGUUUCUACUGUUGAAA